AUGUCUGUGUCUGCGCUUGAUUCACGCCUCUUCAGGGAUCUCUUUGGCACGAAGGAGAUUCGAGCUGUGUUUGACGAUGAAGCGUAUACUCGGCGAAUGGUUGAAGUGGAGAUCGCACUAGCUCUUGCGCAGUCCAAGACUGGCGUUAUCCCCGUCGAAGCAGGCGAGAUCCUCAAGAAGCAACUUACCAAUGACCGCUUUCUCCUCGCCUUUGACCGCCUGUCACGAGAGACUGAGAUUGUAGGGUACCCAGUGCUUCCUCUCGUGCGCCAACUUGUUGAGCAUGCAUCAGGUGAAAUGGGAAAAUACAUCCACUGGGGAGCGACAACCCAAGACAUCAUGGACAAUGCGUCCAUGAUCCAGAUGCGUGAAGGGUUGCAGAUAGUCAAGCGGCACUUGCGGGAGCUCGAGGGCAUACUACGAAAUCUAUCGCAUAAAUACCGGGACACUCCUAUGGCUGGCCGAACACAUCUGCAGCAUGCUCUACCGGCCACUUUCGGUUACAAAUGCGCAGUAUAUCUCUCCAGCAUCAUCCGUCAUUCUGAGCGACUGCGUGAGAUUGAGAAGCGGUGUCUUCUAGUUCAGUUCGGCGGUGCUGGUGGCACUCUGGCUUCCCUGGGCUCCGACGACACAGGUCUCCGUGUCAGGGAGCAAUUAGCAAGGGAACUCGGUCUCGAAAACCCCACCAUCACUUGGCACGUCGCGCGGGAUAACGUGGCCGAAAUUAUCAACUUUCUGGCCCUGGUCGGAGGAUCAUUGGGCAAGAUCGCGUAUGACCUUAUCAUCAUGUCUUCGAACGAGCUGGGAGAGGUGUCUGAACCAUUUGUGCCUCAUCGCGGAGCAUCUUCGACCAUGCCGCAGAAGCGAAACCCGAUCUCGAGUGAAGUCAUAUUGGCGGCCUCAAAGCUUCUGCGAGCAAAUGCAGGCCUUGUGCUCGACGCGAUGGUAACCGAUUUCGAGCGAGCCUCCGGUCCUUGGCAUUUAGAGUGGGUGGCCAUAUCCGAAGCGUUCGUUCUGGCUGUAGGCGCACUGCACCAAAUGAACUUCGCGCUCAGUGGCCUUGUCGUCAAUACUGACGCGAUGAUGCGAAACUUAUCAUCGACGAAAGGACUGAUUGUUGGAGAGGCUGUUAUGAUGGGACUUGCUCCGUUUGUGGGUCGGCAACAGGCUCACGACAUCGUGUACGAAGCCUGCAAGGAGUCGAUAGAGACGCAGAAGGGAUUACUUGAUGUGUUAAAGACAAAGAAGGAAGUUACAAAGCAUGUGCCUGAGGAAAAACUGCGAGGUCUCUGUGAUCCAGUCAACUAUCUCGGGGCCAGUCAGCUGAUGGUAGAUGAUGCUGUCAAAGCUGGCACAGUUGGAGCAUAG